CGAGCUUCUAUCUGCACGAACGAGCACUCAUCGGAGUGAACGGCAGCACUAAGAUGGCGGAGUGUGGCUGAGGGGGCAGCACAUUAAUUCCCUGCUUUUCGCGUUUUAGUCGAAAUAUACGGAUCCGCGCCGCAUUGUAGGAGGGUGAAAACGACCGAAAGGUCGUAGUUGGAGCAUAUUUGGCUCGAUUAGAGCAGAAGUCAUGACGUCUAUCCACUUCGUGGUUCACCCGUUGCCUGGGACGGAGGAGCAGCUGAAUGACAGACUGCGGGAGGUGUCAGAGAAACUCAACAAGUACAACUACAGCAGUCACCCCCCACUGAAUGUGCUGGAACAGGCCACCAUCAAGCAGUGCGUGGUGGGCCCGAGCCAUGCAGCAUUCCUCCUGGAGGAUGGCCGAGCUUGUAGGAUUGGAUUUGCAGUACAGCCAGAUCGCCUGGAGCUGGGAAAACCGGACACCAGUGAUGGUUCAAAGCUGAGCAGUGGUUCAGGGACAGGAAGGAGCCCCAGGCCUGGCAGGACUAGUGAUCCGCCCUGGUUCCUCUCUGGCUCUGACACACUGGGCAGACUGGCAGGCAACACCCUUGGGAGCCGCUGGAGUUCUGGGGUGAAUGGUGCAGCCACAGCAAGCGGAGGUGGGGCCGGGGGUGGCAGCAGCGGUGGCACUGGAGGUGGAGGAGGAGGAGGGGGCAGCAGCUCUGGCCGGUCGUCAGCGGCAGCGCGGGACUCCCGCAGGCAGACCAGGGUGAUCCGCACGGGAAGGGAGCGCGGCUCCGGACUCCUGGGCAGCCAGCCGCAGCCUGUCAUUCCAGCCUCCGUCAUCCCGGAUGAGCUCAUCACCCAGGCCCAGGUAGUUCUCCAGGGGAAGUCCAGAAGCGUCAUCAUCCGGGAGCUCCAGCGUACGAACUUAGACGUGAACCUGGCUGUCAACAACUUGCUGAGCAGAGACGAUGAAGAUGGCGAUGAUGGCGAUGACACUGCCAGCGAAUCCUACUUACCAGGAGAAGACCUGAUGUCCCUGCUGGACGCAGACAUCCACUCAGCCCACCCCAGCGUCAUCAUCGAUGCCGACGCCAUGUUCUCUGAGGACAUCAGCUACUUCGGAUACCCCUCCUUCCGGCGCUCCUCGCUGUCCCGGCUGGGCUCCUCGCGAGUUCUCCUUCUUCCCUUAGAGCGAGACUCGGAGCUGUUGCGUGAGCGUGAGUCUGUGUUGAGGUUGCGUGAGCGGAGGUGGCUCGAUGGCGCCUCUUUUGAUACGGAGCGAGGCUCCACCAGCAGGGAGGGCGAGCCCGGCCUGGACAAGAAGAGCAUCCCCUUGCAGAGCCCCGUCUCCCUGGGGGAAGACCUCCAGUGGUGGCCUGACAAGGACGGCACUCGGUUCGUCAGCAUCGGCGCUCUGUACUCUGAGCUCAUAGCGCUCAGCUCAAAAGGAGAGCUCUACCAGUGGCGAUGGAGUGAACCUGAGCCCUACCGCAAUCCACAGAACCCAGCAAUUCACCAUCCUCGCUCCACCUCCUUGGGCCUCGCCAACGAGAAGAUCACUCUCUUGUCGGCCAACAGCAUCAGGGCCACUGUGGCGACGGAAAGCAAUAAGGUGGCCACCUGGGUGGACGAGACACUGAGCACGGUGGCGUCGAAGCUGGAGCACAGCGCGCAGGCCUUCCCCGAGCUGCUGGGCGAGCGCGUCAUCUCCCUGCACUGCUGCGCCCUGUACACCUGCGCCCAGCUUGAGAGCUGCCUCUACUGGUGGGGUGUCGUGCCUUUUAAUCAAAGGAAGAAAAUGCUUGAAAAGGCCAGAGCCAAGAAUAAGAAGCCAAAGUCCAGCACCGGCAUCUCCUCCAUCCCCAACAUCACGGUGGGAACUCAGGUGUGCCUGAGGAACAACCCCCUGUACCACGCGGGCGCCGUGGCCUUCUCCGUCAGCACGGGGGUCCCCAAGGUGGGCGUGCUCAUGGAGUCUGUGUGGAACAUGAACGACAGCUGCAGGUUCCAGCUGCGUUCUCCGGAGAGCCUCAAGAACAUGGAAAAGACAAGCAAGAGCCAGGAAACUAAGACAGAGAGCAAGCAGGAGUGUGUAAAGACCGAGAUGGGCCCCCCACCUUCGCCAGCCUCCACCUGCAGCGAUGCGUCCUCCAUCGCCAGCAGUGCCUCGCUCCCUUACAAGCGACGGCGCUCCACCCCCGCCCCCAAAGAGGAGGAGAAAGUCAACGAGGAGCCUUGGCCUCUUAGAGAAGUGGUUUUUGUAGAGGAUGUUAAAAACGUCCCUGUUGGAAAGGUGCUAAAAGUCGAUGGUGCGUAUGUUGCUGUGAAAUUUCCAGGGACGUCGAGCAGUGUGGGCAGCCAGAGCGCAGCUCCCUCUGACUCUGACCCGUCCUCACUGCUGCAGGACUGUAGGCUGCUCCGAAUAGACGAGCUACAGGUAGUAAAAACUGGUGGAACUCCAAAAGUUCCUGAUUGCUUUCAGCGCACACCUAAAAAACUAUGUAUACCUGAUAAAGCUGAAAUCUUGGCGGUCAACGUCGACUCCAAAGGAGUCCAUGCAGUGCUCAAAACGGGCAGCUGGGUGCGCUACUGUGUGUUUGACCUGGCCACAGGCAAGGCAGAGCAGGAAAAUAACUUCCCCACCAGCAGCCUGGCCUUUCUGGGGCAGAACGAGCGAAAUGUGGCCAUCUUCACGGCGGGACAGGAGGCCCCUGUCAUCCUGCGUGAUGGCAAUGGGACGAUUUACCCCCUGGCCAAAGACUGCAUGGGGGGGAUACGGGACCCAGACUGGCUGGAUCUGCCCCCCAUCUCCAGCCUUGGCAUGGGGGUCCACUCCCUCACCAACAUUCCCACAAACUCCACCAUCAAGAAGAAGGCCGCUGUUGUUAUCCUAGCGGUAGAGAGGCAGGCUCUGAUGCAGCACGUCCUCCGCUGCGACUAUGAAGCAUGCCGUCAAUACCUGGCCAGCCUGGAGCAGGCACUGUUACUGGAGCAGGGCCCCCCGGCCCUGGGCGCCGUGUUGGAGCACCGCUGUGACGGCAACCGCAACGUGCUGCACGCCUGCGUCUCCGCCUGCUUCCCCGUUAGCAACAAAGAGACCAAGGAGGAGGAGGAAGCGGAGCGCUCCGAGAGAAACACCUUCGCCGAGAGGCUGUCGGCGGUGGAGGCCAUAGCCAACGCCAUCUCGGUGGUCUCCAGCAACAGCUCCGGGAACAGGACGGGCUCAUCCAGCAGCCGGGGGCUGCGGCUGCGUGAAAUGAUGCGGCGCUCCCUCCGAGCAGCCGGACUGGGCCGCCACGAGUCGGGCCCGUCUUCCAGCGAGCACCAGGACCCGGUGUCCCCACCCAUCGCCCCUCCCAGCUGGGUACCGGACCCCCCUCCAAUGGAUCCAGAUGGGGAUAUUGAUUUCAUCUUGGCACCGGCUGUAGGGUCGAUCACGACCACUGCUUCCAGUACCGGUCAGGGGCCAAGCACGUCCACCAUACCAGGACCCUCCUCCGAGCCCUCCAUGGUGGACUCCAAGGACCGGAAGAGCAACGCCCACCUGAUCCUGAAGCUGAUGUGCAACAGCGUGGUGUUGCAUCCGUACCUCCGCGAGCUGCUGUCAGCCAAGGAUGCCCGGGGCAUGACCCCCUUCAUGCUGGCUGUCAGUGGGAGGGCUUAUCCAGCUGCCAUCACCGUCCUGGAAGCAGCGCAGAAGAUAGCCAAAGGUGACCCCAGCCCUGGUGACAAGGAGGAUGCGGACUCCGUGUUCAUGGAAAUGAUCUGCCCGCCCGGUACCAACCCGGACGACUCCCCGCUCUACGUGCUCUGCUGCAAUGACACAUGCAGCUUCACCUGGACGGGGGCAGAGCACAUCAACCAGGAUAUUUUUGAGUGCCGGACAUGUGGCUUGCUGGAGAGUCUCUGCUGCUGCACCGAAUGUGCCAGGGUCUGCCACAAGGGACACGACUGCAAGCUCAAGAGGACCUCCCCCACUGCCUACUGUGACUGCUGGGAGAAGUGCAAGUGUAAGACCCUGAUCGCGGGCCAGAAGUCUGCCCGAUUGGACCUGCUCUACCGGCUGCUCACCACCACCAAUCUGGUCACUAUGCCCAACAGCAGGGGGGAGCACAUCCUGCUGUUCCUAGUCCAGACCGUCGCCAGGCAGAGCGUGGAACACUGUCAGUACCGUCCCCCGCGCAUCAGGGAGGACAGGAACCGCAAGGCGGCGAGCGCUGAAGAUUCGGACAUGCCAGACCACGACCUGGAGCCCCCGCGCUUCUCACAGCUGGCCCUGGAGCGCGUCCUGCAGGACUGGAACGCCCUGCGCUCCAUGGUGCUCUUCGGCUCCCAGGACAGCAAAGACCCGCUGAGUGCCAGCAGCAGAGUGGGUCACCUCCUGCCCGAGGAGCAGGUCUACCUCAACCAGCAGAGCGGCACCAUCCGGCUCGACUGCUUCACGCACUGCCUCAUCGUGAAGUGUGCCCCGGACAUCACGCUCAGCCGGUUCAUCGACACUCUGCUGGGUACCCUGGUGAAAGAACUGCAGAAUAAAUACACCCCGGGCCGGAGGGAGGAGGCCAUCGACGUCACCAUGCGGUUCCUGCGCUCGGUGGCUCGGGUCUUCGUCAUCCUCAGUGUCGAAAUGGCCUCGUCCAAGAAAAAAAACAACUUCAUCCCCCAGCCGAUUGGAAAGUGCCGGCGCGUCUUCCAGGCCCUGCUGCCCUACGCCGUGGAGGAGCUGUGCAACGUGGCCGAGUCGCUCAUCGUGCCAGUGCGCAUGGGCGUGGCCCGGCCCACCGCGCCCUUCACCCUGGCCAGCACCAGCAUUGACGCCGUGCAGGGCAGAACGCUGUCUGUUCUGAACCCCUCCUCCCUCCCUCCCGAAGGUGCCAGCAGUGUUCCUGCCUUCUUUUCAGAGGACGACUCGCAGUCCAAUGACUCCAGCGACUCCGACAGCAGCAGCAGCCAGAGCGACGACGUGGACCAGGAGACGUACCUGGUGGAUGAGCCGCUGGAACGUACCACGGGCGCCGCCCACGCCAACGGCGCUGCCCAGGCCCCGCGCUCCAUGCAGUGGGCCGUGCGUAACGCGCCCAGCCAACGUACCACCGCCAACGCCCCCUCCGGCUCCUCCACUCCCGCAGCAAGCUCCACUGGCCUUAUCUACAUCGACCCGUCGAACCUGCGCCGCAGCGGAGCCAUCAGCACGAGUGCAGCGGCUGCCGCUGCCUUGGAGGCCGGCAGCUCCAGCAGCUACCUGACGUCGGCCAGCAGCCUGGCCAGGGCCUACAGCAUCGUGAUCCGGCAGAUCUCUGACCUCAUGGGACUCGUCCCAAAGUACAACCAGCUGGUCUACUCCCAGUACCCUGCUGCCGUCAAGCUCACCUUCCAGGACGCCGUCCAUCUGCAGAGCUAUGUGGAAGAAAAACUGAUUCCCACCUGGAACUGGAUGGUGUCCAUAAUGGAUUCGACGGAGGCACAGCUGCGUUACGGUUCGGCACUGGCCUCCGCCGGCGACCCAGGCCACCCCAGCCACCCACUGCACGCCUCACAGCACGCCGGCCGCCGGGAGCGUGUCACGGCUCGUGAAGAGGCCAGCAUCCGGGCGCUGGAGGGCCGCAGACGCACUGCCUCUCUGCUGAGUGCACGCCAGGGCAUGAUGUCGGCGAGGGGUGACUUCCUGAACUACGCCCUCUCUCUGAUGCGCUCACACAACGACGAGCACUCGGACGUGCUGCCCGUCCUGGACGUCUGCUCGCUCAAGCACGUCGCAUACGUCUUCCAGGCCCUCAUUUACUGGAUCAAGGCCAUGAACCAGCAGACUACCCUGGACACCACGCAGCUGGACAGAAAGAGGACCCGUGAGAUUCUGGAGCUGGGCCUGGACAAUGAAGACUCUGAGCAUGAGAACGAUGAGGACACUAAUCAGAGCUCCACCAUCCAUGAGAAGGAUGACGACCCCCUGUCUGCAGAAACGGGUCAGAACCAUCCCUUCUUCCGCCGCUCUGACUCUAUGACCUUCCUGGGCUGCAUUCCUCCAAAUCCUUUUGAGGUGCCACUGGCUGAGGCCAUCCCAUUGGCGGACCAGCCCCACCUGUUACAGCCAAAUGCCAGGAAGGAGGAUCUGUUUGGGAGGCCAAGCCAGGGCCUCUACUCGUCCACAUACAGCACCAGCAAAGGCCUGAUGGACAUCAGCCUAGACCGCAGCUGCCUGGAGGUCCUGCCCACGAAGAUGUCGUACUCGGCCAACAUGAGGAACGUGAUGAACAUGCAGGCUCGGCAGAAAGCUGGCGAGCAGCAAGCCCCUCCCGAGGACCACCUGGCACCCCCCAAGCCCGGGCCGUCCGCCCACGACCUGGCAGCCCAGCUGAAGAGCAGCCUGCUUGCGGAAAUCGGCCUGACGGAGAGUGAGGGUCCACCUCUCACCUCUUUCAGGCCGCGCUGCAGCUUCAUGGGCAUGGUCAUCUCCCACGACAUGCUACUAGGCCGCUGGCGUCUGUCCCUGGAGCUCUUUGGACGCGUCUUCAUGGAGGACGUGGGCGCAGAGCCCGGAUCGAUCCUCACGGAGCUGGGGGGUUUCGAGGUCAAGGAGUCCAAGUUCCGCCGGGAGAUGGAGAAGCUGCGCAACCAGCAGUCCCGUGACCUGGCAUUGGAGGUGGACCGUGACCGUGAGCAGCUCAUCCAGCAGACCAUGCGGCAGCUGAACGCGCACUUCGGCCGGCGUUGUGCCGCCACACCCAUGGCCGUGCACCGCGUCAAGGUCACCUUCAAGGACGAGCCCGGCGAGGGCAGCGGCGUGGCCAGGAGCUUCUACACGGCCGUGGCCCAGGCUGUCCUGUCCAGCGAGAAGCUGCCCAGCCUGGACUGUGUGCAAAGUGUCAGCAAGGGCAUGCAGGCCAGCAAUCUGAUGCAGAGGCUUCGGAACCGGGACCGAGAGAGAGAGCGCCGCAGCGGUGGACUGAGGGCUGGUUCCCGCCGGGACCGGGACAGGGACUCGAGGAGGCAGCUGUCUGUUGAUACGAGGCCCUUCAGACCGGCAUCGGAGGGGAAUCCCAGCGAUGAGCCCGACCCGCUGCCGGCCCACAGGCAGGCUCUAGGGGAGAGGCUGUACCCCCGGGUCCACGCCAUGCAGCCGGCUUUCGCCAGUAAGAUCACGGGAAUGCUGCUUGAGCUUUCUCCAGCCCAGCUGCUGCUGCUCCUGGCCAGUGAGGACUCGCUGAGGGCACGGGUGGAGGAAGCCAUGGAGCUCAUCAUUGCACAUGGACGGGAAAAUGGGGCAGACAGCAUUCUGGACCUCGGCCUGCUGGACACGUCAGACAAGGCUCAGCCACAGGACAACCGCAAGCUGCAUGGAUCCAGCCGUAGUGUGGUGGACAUGGAGUUGGAUGACACAGAUGACAGUGAUGACAACACUCCGCUCUUCUACCAACCCGGCAAGAGGGGGUUCUACUCCCCCAGGCCUGGCAAGAACACGGAGGCCCGGCUGAACUGCUUCCGCAACAUCGGAAGAAUACUUGGUUUGUGCCUCCUGCAGAAUGAGCUGUGUCCGAUAACCCUGAACAGACAUGUCAUCAAAGUGCUGCUAGGGAGAAAGGUGAACUGGCACGACUUCGCCUUCUUUGACCCGGUGAUGUACGAGAGCUUACGGCAGCUCAUUCUGCACUCUCAGACGGGAGAGGCGCAGGCAGUGUUUGCUGCCAUGGACCUGGCCUUCGCCAUCGACCUCUGCAAGGAGGAGGGUUCUGGCCAGGUGGAGCUCCUAUCCGGUGGUGUAAACGUGCCGGUGACUCCACAGAAUGUGUAUGAAUACGUGAGGAAAUAUGCCGAACACCGCAUGCUGGUGGUGGCUGAGCAGCCGCUGCAUGCGAUGAGGAAGGGACUGCUGGACGUGCUGCCCAAGAAUGCCCUGGAGGACCUGACAGCAGAGGACUUCAGGCUCCUCGUGAACGGCUGUGGAGAAGUCAACGUGCAGAUGCUGAUCAGCUUCACUUCUUUUAACGACGAGUCAGGAGAGAAUGCAGAGAAGCUUCUGCAGUUUAAACGUUGGUUCUGGUCCAUUGUGGAGAAGAUGAGCAUGACAGAGAGACAAGACCUGGUGUACUUCUGGACUUCCAGUCCGUCCCUGCCGGCCAGCGAGGAAGGCUUUCAGCCGAUGCCCUCCAUAACCAUCCGGCCCCCAGACGACCAGCACCUGCCCACCGCCAACACGUGCAUCUCACGCCUCUACGUGCCGCUGUAUUCUUCCAAACAGAUCCUCAAACAGAAACUGCUCCUGGCCAUCAAGACAAAGAACUUCGGAUUUGUGUAGAAGUUAACGAGCGCCUUCUCUACGGUUGUGUAAUAUUACUAGUUCCAUUUUUGUAGAAUUAUUUUUUAUUUGUCUAUACUAUUUUAUGAUAUUUGAAAUGCUGUCAUCCCUGACGGUAACUCUUAUUUUGCGUUGUUUUAUUUCUGAAGAAAUGUACAUUCCUCCAUUGAGUGUGUAAAGUUGAAGCCCACAGCACAGCCCGCUUAAACUCUUCCCCUUCAUUUUGCCCUAUAGGAUGAACCCCAGCCAAAGACGACAGCAGACAUCUUUAAAAUAACAUUUCACUGUGAUUAUGGUUUAAUUUUCCCCACCCUAAAAAGAAAUACUUAAUCUCACUCAACGUUCACUGCUGCCUUUGUGAAAAGUCUGUUUUUCUUGUAUAGGGGGAGUAGGGAAUUUAAAAAUAAACUUGACAAUGCAAAAUA